AUGUCGGAAUCAGACAAUGAAAACAAUUUUGGACAAUUUACUCUUCCAGAAACAGAAUCUGUUAUUUUUACUAAAAAGGUCAAACCAACAAUUAAUUCAACUACGAUUGAUACAUCAAUAACAGAAACAACGAUAAUUAGUACAGAAACAACAACAAUUCUAACAACAUCGACUGAUUCUUAUCCAGCAACAAUCAACGAAUGGUAUCCAACAGUAUCCCUUCUAAAACGUUAUGAAUUCACAGGUAGUAAUUUCCAGUCUAUGGUUAUUGCUGAUGUUAAUGAAGACAAUCAUGCAGAUAUUGUUAUUGGAGACAGGGCUAACUCUCAUUUAAUGAUAUUUUUAAAUUCAGCUAAUAAUCAGUUUAAUAAUGGAAUUCCUCAUGAUAUUGAUUUUGGAAUAGGUUAUUUGUUCAAAGCUGAUAUGAAUAAUGACAAUAAAAUUGAUUUUAUCGGUUUUCAAGGAGGAUCUAGCACUUUGAUGAUUAUUAUUUAUAAUACUGCCAAUGGAACAUUCAAUCGUACCAAAACUCUCAAAAUGAAUUCAAAAAUAAAAUAUAUUGAUCUUGCUGAUAUCAAUCAAGAUAAUUAUAUGGAUAUUGUAGUCGUGUAUAAUGGUAUCCCAGGUGUAUAUAUUGUAUUUAAUAUGGCAAAUGGAAAUUUUAGUAAUGAAACAAGAUAUGAAAUGAAAGAUUUGGUAAAUCGUUUCAAAGUACUUAAUAUUCAUGAUAAUCAAAGAUUUAAUUUGAUUCUUGGUUAUAACGAUGGACAUGUAAGUAUUUUAUUCGGUAGUCAUAAUAAAAGUUUCAUCGAUGAAGUUAAUUAUUCACCUGAAUCUUAUGUACAUACUAUUUUAUUAAAUGAUAUCGAUAAUGAUAAUAAUACGGAUAUUAUUAUUGGUAAUCGCGAUCGUGAUUUUAAUUUUCAAAUUUUAUUUAAGGAAAAUAGUGACACAUUUUAUCAAUCAGUUAAAUAUCCAGUUGAACUAGAUAAUACUUUUCUAACAAUAGGUGAUCUGAAUAAUGAUCAACAAUCAGAUAUUAUUCUUGGACAUAAUAGUCACCAAAGAAUUGGUCUUUAUUUUAAUGUCGGAAAUAGAACAUUUAUCAAUUCAACCAUUUAUUCAACUGAUUUUGAACCACAGAAUGCUCAAUUAGUUGAUAUCAAUAAUGAUGGAUAUAUGGAAAUUAUUCUAAUAGGAACUGAUUCUAUAGUUUCUUAUAUUGAAAUUUUAUCAAUUUAUCCUUAA